CUCCCAGGGCGUCCCGGGCUCCCGCCCCACCUCCUGCCCCAGCCUUUCGCGUUCGCAGCCCCCACGCCCCGCCCCAGGACUCUGCAAUUGCUUUCUCCUCCUAAACUCUCUGGGCGCUCUCCCGGCGGACGCAUUCCUUCUUGCAGCCAUCCAAGGAGAACCUUUCCUUCCCCCCAUCCCCAGCCUCCCCAGCCAAAGCGAGAGCCAGUCAGUGGGCAGGGCGCCUGGCACAGUGGAGCCUCUCGGACCGGCCUUCUGCUGGGCGGGGUUGGGAGGGGGCACCCGUCCUCUCUGGGAUCGGGGGGUGCCGGCUGGUCAGGGGUGCUCAGCUCUGCCAGGCAUCCGCUGGGCAGGAUUGGAUCUGGAGAGCAGCCUCGCGCUUGAACCCAUCACCUAAGCGCCCGAGCCGCCGCCUCCUUCCCGCGGGCGCCCCCAGCGCUCCCCUCGAGCCAGGCCAAGCCGGAGAGUCCCGGGCGCGGCCGGCGCCCGCCGCCGCUUGCCAGAGCUCCAGCUGCCCCGCACGCUUUUUGCCGGCGCCCUCCAAGGAGGGGCGCGCGGGGGCCCAGAGAGGCACCUCCCGUCUGCCCACCCUCCCCCUUCCCUGCCCGCCCACCCGGCCGGAGCUGUGCGGCUCCGCGCAGCGCUCGAAUUCCGAGAGGGAAGCGCCGCGCUGUAUCCCUGGCGUCCUCAGUCCUGCCCCGCGAAGUGGAGAUGCGCGAGAGGCAGGCGAGGGCGCGCAGCUCGUGAGAAGCCGCGCCAGCCGGCACCAUGCGCCUGCGGCCGCUGCCCCUAGUCGUGGUCCCCGGCUUGCUGCAGCUGCUAUUUUGUGACAGUAAAGAAGUGGUGCAUGCCACGGAGGGGCUGGAUUGGGAAGACAAAGAUGCUCCAGGGACGUUGGUCGGCAACGUGGUGCACUCGAGGAUCAUCAGUCCCCUGCGCCUGUUUGUUAAACAGUCUCCCGUGCCCAAGCCGGGCCCCAUGGCGUAUGCAGACAGCAUGGAAAACUUUUGGGAUUGGCUGGCCAACAUCACGGAGGUUCAGGAGCCAUUGGCAAGAACUAAACGGAGGCCAAUAGUUAAAACAGGAAAAUUUAAGAAAAUGUUUGGAUGGGGUGACUUUCAUUCCAACAUUAAAACUGUCAAACUCAAUCUCCUCAUCACAGGGAAAAUUGUUGACCAUGGAAAUGGAACCUUCAGUGUGUAUUUCCGACAUAAUUCAACAGGCCUGGGCAAUGUUUCAGUGAGCUUGGUACCACCCUCCAAGGUGGUGGAAUUUGAAGUCUCCCCCCAGUCUACCUUGGAGACCAAGGAAUCCAAAUCUUUCAAUUGUCGCAUUGAGUAUGAAAAAACAGAUCGGGCGAAAAAGACCGCCCUGUGCAACUUUGACCCAUCCAAGAUCUGCUACCAGGAGCAGACUCAGAGCCAUGUGUCUUGGUUGUGCUCCAAGCCCUUCAAGGUCAUUUGCAUUUACAUUGCCUUUUACAGUGUUGAUUAUAAACUCGUGCAAAAGGUGUGCCCUGACUACAAUUACCAUAGUGAGACCCCAUACUUAUCUUCUGGCUGAUCUUCCUGCAGUGGUGGAAAUGAGGGACAUAUAUAUAUAUUUAAUUAGAAUGACCAAGAAACAAGCCCAGCUUUUUAUGGUAAAGGAUCCCUUUUUGUUUCUGGCAGUGAGCAGUAGUUCCCUAUCAGGUUUUCAAAUUUAAAAAAAGAAAAAGAGAUAUCUUUAAAUGUGAAAUUUGUUUGUUUCUAUUGUAAGUACUUUUAUCUAAAAAGUUAAAUUGUUUAUGAAACCAUCCCUUUCAUGCAAGAUGACUAAGUUCUAGAAAUCUUAUUGUUUCUCUGAAAGAAACAUCAGUGGCAGGAAUGUGUGACAAGAAGGAACCAAAUUAUGCAUGUGAUAAACAUUGCUCUUGAAAUGAGCCUGCCUUUGAAAUAUGUUUUGGAAGGUUACCACAAAAAUAGCAGAUGCAGUAAAGGAAAAGAUUGUAUUUGAUAGAUGAAUUGUCUUUCUGACAUUGGAACUUUGUUUUUUAUUUCUGUCUUUCCCCUACCCAUCUGUGCUGUUAUUGAUAUGAGAGAUAAAGGGAUAAAAUUUGUUUCAAAACUCGUGUGUGAAGUUACAGUGCCACAGUGGAACCAAGUUCAUUAUCAUCUGAGCUAGAAUUGCGUGGAAUGUGGUUUACACCUAGCCCUGUGUUGGUCACCAUUGGUAUGAUUCCCCUCUGAGUCUGAAUACUGAUGUAUUGGGAAAGCAAAUCUGAGAAUAAGUCGGUUCAACAAUAACAAAGAGCAUGAUGCUUUUAGACUCUUCUAAUAAAUUCAAAUGCUGUGGCAUUAAUCAAAAGCUGACACAAUUUGUAUGUAUCCUAUAGCUUAGAGCCUUAUUCAAUUCAUUUGAUAGUGUGAUUGUUUACACAUGGGUGGAACAACUCUGAAGUUGAAAGUGCUUGUUUCCUAGACUAGAAUAGCAAAAAGAGUGUUAAGUGGAGGAAGGAAAUUCCUGGAUUAUGUAUUCAUUAUUUCUAGCCUCCCAGAUUAAUUCUCCUUGCAUUUAGUUAAUAUUUGAAUGAGGGAUCAAACUCUAUGUGGAAAUACUGCGUUAUAUUUAAGCAUUUCUAAUUAUUAAGUGCUGACAACCAAGGUACCUGGCUUAUCAGACUUUUGAAAUGACUUCCAAAAUAAUGUCACUUCACAAUCGGUGCCCUUCUCAUCUUCUCUGAGGGAGCGAAUGGCAAUCCUAUAUGGUAGAACUGGAUAAUCAUUAAAUUAAAACAGAAAGAGGGUCUGGUUGGCCAGGAAAAAGACUUCCAGAACUCAGGACACACAUGGAAUUGUCACUCUUUAUACAAUAGAUGUUAACUUCUUUCUCCCUUCUUAUCUGUAAAAUAUUAAUUAAAGUAAAACACUAAAUUGAGGACUAAAGGAAGAUAAGCCCUAAACAACAAAAAAUAGUCUUACCACACUGUUCAAAAAACCAAGAGCUCCGUACUCUAUUUUACAUCUUCAUUCCUUUCCUUUUACUGGCAAUAUCUUCAGUGUUCAAUUUUUGUCUUUUGUAAAAAUUGUACUAGGCUUAGUGUGUGGUAGUGCAGGCUUGAAAUUCUUGCUCUGAGUUCACCACGUGUUUUUGUAAUUUUGUGGUUGGUGAGUAAUAUUUUGAGAUAUCUUUUUAUUUUCACCUAGAAACAAGAGUAAAAUAUUAUUUAUUGUAAAAUAUGUGGGAACCAUAUAUGUAUAUAUAUACUUAGAAUUUUCUGUGUACAGAAAAAGUAUGUGUACACAUUUCUAUGUAAAUAAAAAGAAUUUGCUAGAUCUGU